CCCCUCCUUAUGCAUGCACUUUUUCUACUAUCUUUAUUAUUUUCUCUCUCCAUUUGCCUCUACUUCUUGAUUGAAUAUUCAAUAGUUUUGUCCAUUUCAUUCAAAAGAUAGACUACGUACAUAACCUAAAAUGUAUCAAAACCAACAUCACCCUUUUCCUUGUUUGUGUUGCCACCCUCAUACUUACAUUAGAAUGGUACAAAAUAUGAUAGAGAGGUGUUUGGUGCUUGGGAUGGAUAGAGAUGAAUGUGCUAAGACACUAGCUAUACAUGCCAGAAUUCGUCCACUCAUAACACUAACAGUGUGGAGAGAGCUUAUGAAGGAGAACAAGGACUUCUUUCAAGCUUAUUUCACCAACAUACCCUCCUCAAGCUUUCAAAGAGAACCAAGAUUUGGGAGAUGGAAACAAUAUUGACUGCAUUGGAGGGGAGACCCAAUGUCUGAUAUUCACAUUGAAUUCAGACCAUAUCUAGACAUGUUUCUGCGCCCAAUCUGAGGGCGGCACUCCCAACAGGAGGCGGCCACCUAUAGAAGAGUGAUUUGAACUUUUUGACCUUCAUUAAAAGGCUCCUGUUUGGACAAAAUCGUCUUUUCACCUUUUCUUAAAUUAUUAUUUAAGUUUUUUUUUUAAUAA